GUGGUGAAGUUGGGGUUUUUGGUCUUUGAAUUAAGAUUGAAGGGAAGCAUCGGAAGGUCCGAAGAGCCCAACCAGGUUUGGUGGUCUGUCCUUCCCCUUCUCUCUCUUCUCCCUUCUUCUUCUUCUUCUUCUUCUUCUUCUGACAGCGGAGAAGAGAAGACCAUCUUCGCAGCAUACUCUCUCUCUCUCUCUCUCUCUCUCUCUACAAGCGGGGGGUGUUGAAAUGGCGAACUUGGAAGAUGUGCCGUCCCUCGAUCUCAUGACGGAGCUCCUCCGCCGCAUGAAGUGCAGCUCCAAGCCCGACAAGCGCCUCAUCCUCAUUGGCCCACCUGGGUCGGGGAAAGGUACUCAAUCGCCCAUUAUUAAGGAUGAAUACUGCUUGUGCCACUUGGCCACUGGUGAUAUGUUAAGAGCCGCUGUUGCUGCAAAAACCCCUCUUGGAGUUAAAGCUAAAGAAGCUAUGGACAAGGGUGAGCUUGUUUCUGAUGACUUGGUUGUUGGCAUUAUCGAUGAAGCAAUGAAAAAGCCUUCGUGCCAGAAGGGCUUUAUUCUUGAUGGCUUCCCAAGGACUGUGGUCCAAGCUCAGAAGCUUGAUGAAAUGCUGGAAAAGCAGGGUGCUAAAGUCGAUAAGGUGCUCAACUUUGCUAUUAAUGAUGCAAUAUUGGAGGAGAGGAUUACUGGUCGCUGGAUACACCCUUCCAGUGGCAGAACCUACCACACAAAGUACGCACCUCCCAAGGUUCCUGGGAUUGAUGAUGUCACUGGGGAACCUUUGAUUCAGCGAAAGGAUGACACGGCAGCUGUUCUGAAAUCAAGACUGGAGUCAUUCCACAGGCAAACUGAGCCGGUGAUUGAUUAUUACUCCAAAAAGGGAAUGGUUGCAGAUCUUCAUGCUGAGAAACCUCCCAAGGAAGUCACAGCAGAGGUCCAGACUGUGCUUUCAUCAUGAGAAAUGUUCCCUGCAGAAUAAUUUAAUUCUAGGAUUUUGCAUUAUCAAAGUACCUUCGAUUGAGCUGAAUACCCCCUUUCCCUUCCCAAUCCCCCCUCUUUCAUCAUGCGUCAAAUUUGAUUUCCGGCUGCUAUCCAUACUUUUUGAGGGUUAGUUUAGUUCAGUGGUCAAGAAUAAAGUUACAAACAGAAAUUGAACAAUUCUAUUGGCAUGUGUUGUGGGCAUAUGCUUUUACAGCAUUUAAUUGGCUGAUUACAACAGUUGUUUACUGCAUGUUCGAGCA